GGCAAUAUCAGCAUGUAAAUGUUCCUGAAGACCAGGCAGACAAGUUGCUCCUUGCAAGCUGGGGUCUUCCCCAAGCAGUUCUGGAGAAAUACCACAGUCUGGGGGUAGUACAGAUGUUUGAAUGGCAAGCAGAAUGUCUAAUGCUUGGACAAGUUCUGGAAGGGAAGAACCUAGUUUACUCAGCUCCUACCAGUGCUGGAAAGACUCUUGUUGCAGAAUUGCUUAUUUUGAAGCGAGUCCUGGAAGCUCGUAAGAAAGCUCUUCUCAUCCUUCCCUUUGUCUCUGUGGCCAAAGAGAAAAAAUGUUAUCUGCAGGCGCUGUUUCAGGAAGUGGGUGUGAGAGUUGAAGGCUACAUGGGAAGCAUGUCUCCUGCUGGACGUUUCUCUGCCCUGGAUGUUGCUGUCUGCACCAUUGAGAAAGCCAAUGGCCUAAUCAAUAGACUAAUAGAAGAAAACAAAAUUGACUCACUGGGAGUGGUGGUUGUGGAUGAGUUGCACAUGCUGGGAGACUCUCAUCGAGGGUAUCUGCUGGAACUUCUUUUGACCAAAAUUAGAUAUGUUACAGAGAAGGCUGCAAAACGACGGGCAAAGAUGACCAGUCCAGGUUUUCGUGGGAUACAGAUAAUAGGCAUGAGUGCUACCCUCCCUAACUUGGGACUCCUAGCCUCAUGGUUAGAUGCAGAGCUAUACUGUACGGAUUUUCGCCCUGUGCCCCUCAAGGAGCGGGUGAAAAUUGGCAGCAACAUUUAUGACUCCUCCAUGAAUUUAGUGCGAGAAUUCCAGCCCAAGCUUCAACUGAAGGGAGAUGAAGACCAUGUCGUGAGCCUGUGUUAUGAGACUGUUUGUGAUGGCCAUUCAGUCCUGCUUUUCUGUCCAUCCAAGAACUGGUGUGAGAAGCUGGCAGACAUCGUUGCCAGGGAAUUCUACAGUUUGCAACAGGCUGAGAGUUCUGCAAAAAACUCAGCCCUUGCCCCAGUUGUUGUGGACAGAGAAGGGGUCGAUGAGGUUCUGGAACAGCUAAAGCGCUCCAUCUCAGGCCUGGACUCUGUGCUCCAACGUACUUUGCCAUGGGGAGUGGCAUUUCAUCAUGCAGGUCUUACUUUUGAUGAACGGGACAUCAUUGAAGGAGCCUUUCGCCAGGGCUUGAUUAGAGUCCUAGCAGCAACCUCCACACUCUCAUCUGGAGUGAAUCUGCCUGCACGCCGAGUAAUUAUACGAACUCCCAUGUUUGCUGGCAAACUGCUGGACAUUCUUACUUACAAACAGAUGGCUGGAAGGGCUGGCAGGAAAGGAGUAGACACGGAGGGUGAGAGCAUUUUAGUUUGCAAGCCCUCAGAAAGAUCAAAAGGAACUGCUCUACUUCAGGGAUCUCUCAAGCCUGUUUGCAGUUGUUUGCUUAGAAGAGAAGGGGAAGGUGUUUCUUCUAGCAUGAGAAGAGCAAUACUAGAGAUCAUAGUGGGGGGAGUGGCCAACACUCCAGAUGAUGUGCAGACGUAUGCUUCUUGCACUCUUCUGGCAUCCAGCUUGAAAGAAAGCAAGUCGGGAAAUGAGAAAGCACAAGACAAAGUGCAGACUGGACCUGUUGAGGCUUGUGUGGCAUGGUUGCUGGAAAAUGAAUUUAUUCAGGUUCUGGACUCCAGCAGUGAUGUGAAAGCAAAAGUUUAUCAUCCAACACAUCUUGGCUCAGCUACUCUUUCCUCUUCUCUUUCACCAACUGAAGCCAUGGAAAUCUUUGCUGACCUGCAGCGAGCUAUGAAAAGCUUUGUUCUGGAGAAUGAUCUGCAUAUUGUCUAUUUGGUCACCCCAGUGUAUGAGGAGUGGACCACAAUUGAUUGGUACCAGUUUUUCUGCUUAUGGGAGAAGCUGCCUGCCUCAAUGAAACGUGUGGCUGAGCUGGUGGGGAUUGAGGAAGGCUUUCUGGCUCGCUCUGUAAAGGGCAAAAUCUUAGCUAAAACAGAGAAACAGCAUAGGCAAAUGGCCAUACACAAAAGGUUUUUCACCAGUCUUGCCCUUCUGGAUUUAAUCAGUGAGGUUCCCUUAAAGGAUAUGACCAAGAAAUAUGGCUGUAGUCGUGGCCAGCUUCAAUCCUUACAGCAAUCUGCUGCCACCUAUGCAGGAAUGGUAACGAUUUUCUGUAAUCGGCUGGGCUGGCACAACAUGGAGCUGUUGCUCUCUCAGUUCCAGAGCCGCCUCACUUUUGGGGUUCAUAGGGAGCUUUGUGACCUGGUAAGAGUGUCUCUGCUGAAUGCACAGCGUGCUAGGACACUUUACAAUGCUGGCUUUGUCACAGUGGCUGAUCUUGCUAGAGCCAGUCCUGAUGAUGUGACAACUGCUCUGAAGAAUUCAGUACCAUUCAAAAGUGUUCGUAGGGCUGUGGAUGAAGAUGAAGAAUCAGUAGAGGAGCGUCGGACUGUGCGCAGCAUCUGGAUGGCUGGAAUGAAAGGCUUAACCGAAAGGGAAGCAGCUUCCCUCGUUGUGGAGGAAGCCAGGGGACUUCUCCAGCAGGAUUUGGCACUGAUGGGAGUGCAGUGGAACCCAGAGUCUUUUCUCGAGACUGAUACAUCCUCUAUGAUCAGCAGUGAGUCAGAACUGGAAGACAGACUACAUAGAUCAAAUGGAGAGCAGUCUUCUGAGUCUUUGAUGGUGUUAAAUAAAAAAGGAUGCAGAGUUCAACAUUGUAAUGGCCUUCAUUCUCAGACUGGAAACUUAUCAAAUAUUAAAAAGGGGUAUAAAAGACGACUAAGCAGUAGUACAGAAAACAACAGAUUUGAGAGUGAAGUCCCAGGCAGGAGACAGGCUGGAGCAGAGGAAGGCAAUGAUGAUACUGUGUGCAGUGCUAGAAAACGGCCAAAUAUGUGCAGAGCUGCGAGCUGCGCUAAGGCAAUGAUUGAUAAGCAGCAGAUGGCUUUAGACACAGAUCACAGUAACAUAACUGCUCGCCCCUCUGGAAGUGGACACGUCCAUCGUUGCAGCAGGAUACAGAAACCUGUGCAUUUUUGUCUUGGUGAGGAUAAAUCCUGCCAUAUUCAGAUUAAGAAUGAUGGCAAAAAUGGGAGUGAAAAGCUCAAUGGAAUAUUGUUACAAGAUGGAGCUCUGCAGAAAGCCAACAGUCAUCCUAAGAAUUUUCUGAAGGAGUCUCUAGUAAAAUCGAGAGGUGUUUGCAAUGCAGAUGAUGUUCAGAAUGGUCCAUCCUCUGAUCUGUUUUCUGACUUUAGAGACUUUGAAAACAGUUUCCAGUUGGAUACUCAAACUGAGAUGAUAAUAAAACAGGAGGGAGCAGCUGGAAUCACAGGACAGCAGGGAAUACAAGGUUCAGAGCUGUCAGCAAUACCAUGGCAGAAAAUGUCCAAGAAACUAAGCACUUCACGGACUGAGAAUGCUACUGAUGAAAGGCUGGCUGCAACAGUUAGGAAACUGGGCUUAUCGAGUGUUACCACAAAAAAUAACAUUACAAAAAACACAGCUCAGCACUGCAGUAAUAAAGUUUUGGAGUCUGGAGGCCUUAAUUUACAGCCUAUACUGAAGGAAAUAGAAUCUGCACCUUGCCUUAAAGAAAGCGAUUUCUCAGUGACCGACUCCCAGCUACACAGUUUUCUACAAGAUUACCAGAGCCAAAAUUCAGUGAAAGGGGAGAGUGUGUCUAAAGACCUUAAUAAAACAACCUCCCAUUUUGGUAGGGAGCACAUUGUACAAGCAGAAUGCCACCAUGUCCCUGAAACAAGCCUGAAUAUGAGUGAUAGCUUGCUGUUUGAUGACAGCUUCAGUAAUGUCAGUGACCUUUCAGCUGUUCACAUCACGGAAGCUGACAGAAAGGAUCCUGUGGAGAAGCAGGAGGCUUUGCUUCCUCCAGAUGGUCUUUUGCAGAACCUAAGGCCUAUUCAGAAUAAAUUUGAUGUCAGUGGCAAUCAGAAAGAGAAUGAGGAUCCUGCGCAGCGUAACAAUGUGUCUCUAGCAUUCUCUGAUCUAAUAGCUGAAGUUUUAGAUCAUGCAAAUUCCCCACCUUUUCUGGAAGAUCUUCCUUCUACAUUUCAUGGUCAGUCAGGAUUAAGAAACCCAGUGAUCUGUAACAGUGACCCCAGACUGAAGGAUUUGGUAGGAGAUCAAGGUGGAAAGCUCCAGAGAAGUCAGCAAGCUUUAGACAAGAAAACCCAUCCAGUGGUGUGGACUGACCACUCAUUUGAACUAAGCCCAGGAUUGCAGGAUGUAUUAGACAAAUGGCCUAGUCCUUCAGGCAUUGAACCAGUUUCAGUAAACUGUUUGAAAGAAAAGUUAGUUGCUCCUAUUGUUAAUCAAGAGCCAGAUCCAGUUUUUGAAUCUGACUGUUGUCAGCCAGAGCCUUUGCCUGCUUGCCAGGAUUUAAAAAGCUCUUUCAAGGUUAAAGAAAACAAAACUGAGAACUCAGAUCUUCAGAAAACAGACUGCAUACCACUUCCACUCAAGGGAAGCAACAGAACAUCCUGUCCUCCACCAGAUAGUAAUAACGGGUUUAUUCCUCCAACACCCCCCGAAGAGCUUUGUCCAAAGAGUUCUGUGUCUCCCUCUGUGAAAUCUGCAAGGAAGAGACAAGUUGCCUGCAUGAAUGAAGGGCAGCUGAUUCAGCCACAGCAGAAUAGCAAGGGCAAUGCAGAGCAGCAGGUAAAAACACUCCAGGUCAGUAUUGGGAGUGUAGACGCAAUUGAGACUGAUGAGAUAAAAGAUGAUUCCGUUAUAGACCAAGGCUUUUCACUGCAGCUAUCUCAGGAUGUUUUUCCACUCGUUCCCUUAAGUGCUGAAAGUUUUACUAUUAUUGAUGUAGCAAGCGAUAAAGCACUUUUCCAGACUUUUGUUGCAGAAUGGAAGGAGAAAAGCAGAUUCUCCAUCUCAGUGGCAUGUGAAAGAACAAAAUGUCUCUUGUCUCCCAAAUCAACGAUUGGUGGCAAAUUCAAAAAAGUAAGUUCUCCUCAGUGGAUGCAAGUUAAAGAUGAUGGAUUUCCUGUCCAAGGCUGUGAAGGCGUCUUGGUAGUUGGACUGGCAGUAUGUUGGGGCGGAAAAGAUGCCUAUUAUAUCUCUUUGCAGCGGAUACAAGACCAGACUGAAAUCAGCAUGAGUUUGGCACCACCACCUUUGGACAAAAACCUAUCUGUAACAGAGAGACUGUAUCAUCUGCAGCUGUACCUGCAGAAGAAGCCUAAGCAGGAGCGCUCACUUGUCAUGUAUAACUUCAUUCAGCACUACAAGACUCUGGUGACGGCUUGUGGCAUUUCCUUGGAAGGAAGAUUUGAGGACCCAAAGGUUGCAUGUUGGCUGCUUGAUUCUGGCUCUAAGGAACGUACGCUUCACAACAUGGUGACUAACUUUCUCCCCAGUGAGCUACCUCUACUGGAAGGGGUAGGCACUGGCCAAGGGGUGCAGAGCCUGGGGCUUAGUGCCAGCGGAGAUCAUUCUGGGCGAUACAGAGCAGCAGUAGAGUCUGUGCUUAUCUUCAAUGUCAUGAACCAACUCCAUGAUGAAUUACAGAAGGAAAAUCUGACAGAUGUAUUUUCUAAAGUGGAGAUGCCCACCCAUUAUUGCUUGGCUCUGCUGGAGCUGAAUGGCAUUGGUUUUAGCACAACGGCAUAUGAAACCCAGAAACAGGUCAUGCAAGCUAAACUGAGUGAGAUUGAGGCCAAGGCGUAUCAGUUGGCAGGCCACAGCUUCUCCUUGACCAGCCUUGAUGACAUUGCAGAGGUUUUGUUCCUGGAGCUGAAGUUGCCACAAAAUGGAGAUGUGAAGGUUCAAGGGAACAAGAAAACUCUGGGUUACACCAGAAGAGCAACUGCUAAAGGAAACAGGGUUAGGUUAAGCAAGCAGUUCAGUACAACCAAGGAUGUUUUGGAGAAAUUAAAGACGCUUCACCCAUUGCCAGGACUAAUACUGGAAUGGAGGAGGAUCAACAAUGCCAUUACUAAAGUGGUGUUUCCACUGCAGAGGGAAAAGCGAUUGAAUUCUGCACUGGGAAUGGAAAGGAUAUAUCCAGUGUCACAGACUCACACGACUACAGGUCGAAUAACCUUUACAGAGCCAAAUAUCCAGAAUGUGCCAAGAGAUUUUGAGAUUGAAAUGCCAACUGUGGUUGAAGAAAGCCCACCCUCCCGAGCUCAUGGAAAUGUUAAUUCUUGUGCUGUUUCUGGGGGCAGAAAGCGCUCCAGUAUUUUACCUAAUGGCCUAAAGGUUCAGGCUGAAGACAGAUCCGAUAUAAGAGGAAUACCAUUUUCUGUUAGCAUGAGGCAUGCUUUUGUUCCCUUCCCAGGUGGCCUAAUCUUGGCUGCUGAUUACUCUCAGCUUGAACUGAGGAUCCUUGCUCAUUUGUCUUGCGACUGUCGACUUAUUCAAGCUUUGAACGGGGGUACUGAUGUCUUUAAGAGCAUUGCAGCAGAAUGGAAAAUGAUUGAUCCUGAAGCUGUUGGAGAUAGGACCAGGCAGCAAGCUAAACAGAUUUGCUAUGGAAUCAUCUAUGGAAUAGGAGCAAAAUCUUUAGGCGAGCAGAUGGGGAUUGAUGAAAAUGAAGCUGCCAAUUACAUAGAAUCCUUCAAAUCACGAUACACAGGGAUUCAGAAAUUCUUGAGGGAGACAGUGAGGAGCUGCAGAAGAGAUGGGUUUGUGCAGACCAUCCUGGGAAGACGGAGAUACCUGCCAGCUAUCAAGGAUCCAAACCCCUACAGUAAAGCUCAUGCAGAGCGACAGGCUGUGAAUACAACUGUUCAGGGAUCUGCUGCAGACAUUGUCAAAACAGCCACUGUGAACAUUCAGAGACGCCUGGAAGCUUUCUCCUCUGUGACCAAGUCCCACGGACAUCUGGAGAGCUCCUUCCAGAGAGAUAAGACCGGAAGGCUAGCAAGGAAGAGAAGCAGAGGGAUGUUACAUCCCAUCAGCGGAGCUUUCUUUAUCCUCCAACUCCAUGAUGAGCUCCUCUAUGAAGUUGCUGAGGACGAUGUCAUCCAGGUCGCUCAGAUUGUCAAGCACGAGAUGGAAAAUGCCGUCAAACUCUCGGUAAAAUUGAAUGUUAAAGUGAAAAUUGGACCUAGCUGGGGAGACCUGCAGGACCUGGAGCUCUGACAUGAAACGCAGCUUUUCCUGUGUGUGGUGCGGCGGGAGGCACCGUGGACUGGGCAGUGCAAGGGCCUGUGUCUGACCUGCGUGCGGC